GCAGCAGCCAUGGCUCUGCGCUACCCCAUUGCCGUGGGCCUCAACAAGGGCCGCAAGGUGACCAAGAACGUGAGCAAGCCCAGGCACAGCCGCCGCUGCGGGCGUCUGAGCAAACGCACCAAGUUUGUGCGGGACAUGAUCCGGGAGGUGUGUGGCUUCGCCUCGUACAAGCUGCGCGCCAUGGAGUCACUGAAAGUCUCCAAGGAGAAACGGGCCCUCAAGUUCAUCAAGAAAGGGGUGGGGACGCACAUCCGUGCCAAGAGGAACGGGAGGAGCUGA